CGUAAACACGUGUGGAAGUUUGUAAAACAGUCCGGGGAAAAAUAAACAAAAUUAUGAAUAAUAAACUUUUUGAGGGCUCCGAUAAUGACGGAGAAGACCUGCAGUUGUCCACCAACAAGGACUAUGCCAAGACCUACAACAUCCUGCGCAAAAAGGAGCUGCUACAGAAAUAUAAAGAUCGCGGCUUAGAUGUAUCAGAAUCGGAGUUUGAUAGCGACAGUGAGUCCUCCGAGGAGGACGAGGUGGACCCCCAAUUCGACCAGGACUUUUUCAAGACUCUGUCUUCGCUGAAAAGCAAAGAUCCUCGGAUUUACGACAAGGAUGCGAGAUUCUUUAAUGAACCCUCCAGCGACGAGGAGGAUAAGGAUGAUGAGUCGCCAAAAAAGAAGAAGAAAGCAAAGCCAGUCACCUUAAAGGACUACGAACGAAAAGUAAUCUUGGAACACAAUGGCAAGUUCGAGAGUUCCGAUGAGGAGCAACAGGAGAAGGAGCAGGAGGAAUUCCAAAGGGCCCAGUCACCCACCGCCGUAGAGGCUGAGCGGCGACUCAAGGAUGAGUUCCGGAGUGUGAUGAACCAAGAAGAUGAUGGCGAAGACGAGGAAUUCGGCGGUAUAUUCAAGAAACGCUCCAAGACCACGGAGCAAACGGCAGCCGAGGAGGCGGACUUUGCCAAGUGGCUAGCGGGGAAACAAGAGGAGAUCCAGCAGACCGACAAGGAGCAGCUGGAGCCACUGAAGCAGUACUGGAACAGCAGCAAGCUGACGCAGGGCGAGAGUUUCCUCAGGGACUACAUCCUCAACAAGGGCUAUGCUAACACCGAUGAGUCCACCAUUCCCACCUACGAUGAGAUCGUUGGAGAAGCGGCUCCACUUUCCGAGGACGAACAGGAGCUGGAGAAACAGGCAGAGUUUGAGCAAAAGUAUAAUUUCCGCUUCGAAGAGCCCGAUGCUGAGUUCAUCAAGCGCUAUCCCCGCACCAUUGAACAGUCCAUCCGUCGCACGGAUGACAAGAGAAAAGAAAAACGCAAGGAGCUCAAGGAUCGUAAGGAUCAGGAGAAGCAGCAGAAGAUGAAGGAACUUGACCUGAUCAAGGACAUAAAGCGCAAGGAGAUCGAGGAGAAGAUACGCAAAUUGAAAGCCGUCACUGGCAAUGAUGAGCUCGGCUUCCGGGACGAAGAACUCGAGGAAGACUUUGAUCCAGCGGCCCACGAUCGUCGAAUGCAGGAGCUCUUCGACGAUGAGUACUACAAUGUGGAUGAGGGCGAGGAGAAGCCAGAAUGUCCCUCGGACAUCGAUGAACUCGAGCUGGAAGAUUGGGAUAACUACGACCCCACGAAGCACACCAAUGGGGGCGAUCAGGACUACGAAGGCCACUGCGAGGACGAUGACUUUAACAUGGAUUGCGACUUCGAUCCGUCCACCUCCAAGCAGAAACUUCAAGAGGAGCUAAUCGAAAAUACACGCGGUCGAAAAGGCCGCAAGGGUAGGCGAAAUCGCUUCAUGGAAAUGAUCCAGGCGGAGAAGCCGGCGUUCAAUCCGGAGGACGAAAAAACCUACAGUGAGUACAUCGACGAGUACUACCAAAUGGACUGCGAGGAUAUCGUGGGAGAUCAGCCAUGUCGGUUCAAAUAUGUGGAAACCACACCCAACGAUUUUGGUUUGACGAUAGAAGAGAUCUUGCUGGCCAAGAAUAAAGAGCUCAAUCAGUGGGCUAGCCUUAAGAAAGCUGUUCAAAACAGGCCCGAACAUGUGGAGAAAAAGGAGCAACGCCUGUACAAGAUGAAGGCCAAGAAUGAAGACCUAAAGCGAAAGAUAUUUAAAAGUCUUUAUGGCGAAGGAUCUGAUGACGAGGAUCAGCCAGCGGAAGAGACUCCCGAGACUAAACCAGCUGAAACGUCAGUUGCCGCUGAUAAUGGUCAAGUCCCAACAGAAGUUUUAUCGAAAUCGAAGAGGAAACGCCUAAAACGGAAAGCUGCAGCAGCUGUUGCAGCCAGUUCCCCACAGAUUUCCAAACAGGAACCCAAGGAAUCAACAGAACAAGUGCAGACAGAGGAUGGUUCCACGAAGGUUGAUCCUCCUGCUCCUAAGAAGAGCAAAAAUAAUGAAAAAACAGAGGCGAAAUCACCCGCACAGCAAACCCCGAGCAAACCAGAAAAUACAAAAGCUAACAAUGCCUUCAGCAAAAAGAAUAUUAAAGCUAAAAAUGGAGAAAAUGGGUUUAAAAAGACGCAAAACCCAACUCAAAAUAACACACAGACCAACAAUGCUAUUAAAACGGAAAAAACUAAUGGAAAUAAUCCUUUUAAUAAGCAACAGAAAAAACCCAACCAGAAACAAGGACAACCUCCAGUUAAUAACAACAAAGGCGACAACAAACAAGCUCCUGAGAAUGUUACAGGUGCAAAUCCAUUUAAAAGAGCGAAUCAAAAAGCCAGCGGUCCCUUCCCAGCAAAGAAAACGAAUAACUUCAAAGCUAAAAAUAAAAUAAACAAUAACAACAAUGGAAUAACCGACGAUCGAUUGAAAGCCUACGGCAUAAAUCCCAGAAAGUUCCAUAAGCGGGAAAAGUAUGGCAAGAAGGAUAAGUAAAAUGCCAGGAUAAAUAGUAGUAGUAAUAAUAGAUAUACAUUUUGUAGUUAAAUCUUAUGUACAUAUAAUAACAUUAAAAUCCAGCACAGAUACGAGUAAA